AUAUAAAUCGUGAACAUGAUGGGACUUUGUUACUGCUGCAAUCUGGUGACUUUGCGCAUUUUCUUUUUGAUCGCUGUUGCUAUAAUGAACUUCCAGGCGGCUCUGUUAGUCACACUUGUGGGAAUUGUGGCAUCUGCCCCAAUCUCUGACAAACUGGACAUUAUGAACAAGGAUACUAUUGAACAGGCCCACAGUUUAAUCAACAAAAUUCUACAAGACAUUCCUACAACUCAUGCAGCCUGGAUAAAGAGCAAGAGUCUGACUUUGGGCGACAGCAAGGCUAGGCUGGAGUUGGAGUUCUUGAAGAAAGACAUGUAUAUACCCUCUGCCCCAGUUCUUCAGCUCAUUUCCAAUAACUUCAGCAUGGAAACCUGCCUUGCAAACAUAACGAAGGGACUACAACUGCAUCUCAAUCUCUUGAAAGAGAUCAGCAAUGCAACCACACUGGCUCAGACAGACCAAGUAAAAGACCUUCAAGCUGAAAUACAUGAACUUCUGCUCCUAAUUGAAGAGUUGCAGAACCAGGCAGGAUUUGACCCAUCAAAGCAGGCAUCAGAUGAGCAGUCGCAGACCCCUGAGCAUGAUCUGGCCAAGCAUCUGACAAAUGAAUACCUGACCCAGGUGGCAGCCCACCUCACCCUGCAACAGCUUCAGGACUUCAGCUGUGACAUCCUCCGCAGUAUUCACAGUAUGACCUCCAGCUUGGCAGAGAACCCUAACACUGUGCAGCUCUGCGUAAAUAAAGCAGGUCUAUGAGCAGCCUAGAGCGUAAAGCCCAAAGUAUACCUGAGUUUUGACACAAACGCAUUGCCUUUCAAAAUAUACUUAAAGCCUGCAAAAUUUACUGAAACACAUGCAGGUUGACAAGCAAAACUGAAAGUUCCAUCUUUGUCUAGUGUCUGUGCUAUUCUUCCACAGAUGCUAGGAAAAUUUGACUUCCCAAUGGAAAAAAAAAAUAAACCUGGCUGUUGUACUCUAUAGAGCAUGCAUAGAUUAAACAGCAUUGUACCCUAGCAUACAUGUCAAAAUCAAAGUAAACUUUGGGCUUUACACAAAAACAGAUACAGUGACAAGUAAAAAACUAAUUAACAGCUGAUAUGUGUACACAGUCAAAUUAUUUGUUGCUGGAAUCUUGUUGCACCAUCAGUCAGGACAUGGAGGCAAUGGUAUUUGUUUCUUUGUAUUUUUUCUUCAGAUUUUGUAUUUUUAUUUAUUUAUUAAUUAGGUUAUUUAUUUUAUAUUUCACUUGGCAUUUUAUUUAUUAUUUAAGCCAUUUAGGAACUCCCCUAAAUGAUUGCAUUCUUUACAGUCUCAUAAAGUAAUGUGUUACUUAAUUCACUGUGAAAUACUUUACUGUGUCAUACAAUCUGAAUGCAUGACCAUGUCUCAUAACUUGCCAAAUGAGAACAUGGUCAUUGGAUUGAUCUCCUGAUCUCUGUGAGAACUACACACUGUUUUUAUUAGUCAUUUCAUGUGAUAUUAUGAGAUAUGUAAUGUGAUAUCAUACCCAUAAAAAGUAAGUGAGAUUUCAGAUGAGUUUACGUAUGAAUCAGUAUUAUUUAUUUAUUUAUUAAUGUAACUAAAAAUACAUGUAUUUAUUUUUGCCAUUAUUUGUUAUGAUAUUUUUGGAAUAUUUGAAGAUGUGCCUUAUGUUUGAUCCAAAUAAACAUUUCUGAUGUGUGUUAAA